AUGCAAAAUUCUAAUGUUCUAGUUACUUUUGGCUCUUAAAACUUAUAUUUUAAAUUGACUGAUGAUCCUCAACAUUUCAUGAACGCAGUUUGUAAACAAUUUAAUAUCAAACAAUUUAUUGCAGAGUAACAAAUAUAUUUUAUACCAGAGUAGAAUUGAAGGUAAGGAGAGAAUAAGCCUUGAAUUUUUCAAUCCUAAUUUUAUUAAAAAGAAAGAUAUGCUUAAUAUAUAAUAAUUAGGAUGCAAAAGCAUUAAGAUUAUUGAAUAUAAGGAUUAACCAAAUUCUACCAAUUAAUACUAAUUCUUCGAUUCUUUUAUUGAUGGAAAUGAUGUUUAAUGUUGCUAUAAAAAAGAUUGCUAAUUAUGUUAAGGAUUCGGAUCUGUAAAAUUUUAAGAAUAGGAUUAUUAAUUUAUAAAUGAAGUAAUAAGAAAGAAACUCAGUGAUAGGUUACUUGAAAUAAGAGAAAAGUAAUAUUUAUAAAACCAUUAUAGAAUUUUGAGAAGAGAUAGGACUGAAAUCAGUACUCCUGAAGAUUUUUUAACUUAUCAUUAAGCAAAAAAUAACAAUUAGGAAUUUAUGGAAAUAUCAACUGAAACUAUUAAAUACAAUUUUCAUGUUGAGAACAGUGGUAAAUGUUAUUAAUUUUUUAAGUUAUUAAUUAUGAUGACAUGUUAAAAGUUAAAAUAAUUGAAUAAUUUGAUAUAGAGGGUGAAUAAGGAAGUGAGGCAAUUAUGAAAUUAAAAUAUAUGAAUGAUGGAACAUUGUUGAAUUGGCCUGAAAAAGUCUAAUUAGUAUGUAAUGAAGGUCCUUUUUAAAUAAGAUAAGAUGUUAAAUCAGCUUUAAAGGGAUAAACAAUUUGUACAGAAAUUAAAAUUCAUAUUCCUGAUAUUCCUCCCUAAUAAUAUGAAUUUUCAUGCAAAUUUGAAUAUUUAAAUGAACAUAACAAAAAGGUUUAAUUUGGCCCAAAUAUCAAAUUAAAAUUGACUGUAAAAGAGAAAAUAAAAUAAAAAAAAAUUACUGAAUCCUAAAAUUUUGAUGAUUAUAAUAGGAAAUUAAUUCCUUAAAUAGAUUAGUAAUUACAAUAAAUGGGACAGGAAAUGACUCCAAAUAUUCAACUAUAUAUGAAUGAGAUAUUUAAACGUUUUGCACAUAUAAAACUAGAUGUAAAUAGAUUAAUUGAUGAGCUUUUCAAGGCAAUGUAUAAUGAUUGA